AUGUCUCAAGCUCAGCAGCCCUCCGGUACUCAGGAGUCUGAAAAGACUUUUCGAGGCUAUAGUCAGGCUCAGGGUACAAAGUAUGCCCAGUAUCGCCGGAACUACCACCCCAAGCUUUAUGACUCAAUUCUUUCUUUCCAUAAAUCAGGCAGUGGCCAGUUUGACGUCUUGGUCGAUAUUGGCUGCGGACCAGGCACAGCAACACACACUCUUGCUCCCAAUUUUAAAACAGCUUAUGGUCUCGAUCCCUCUGAGGGUAUGAUCCGUACCGCCCGCUCGAUUAAUCAAAGUUCCAGCACUGGCGGCAAUGUGAUCUUUGAAGUUUCCACUGCUGAAUCGCUGGGGUCGGAUCUCAAGGAUCCGAUCCUAGAUGGGACUGUCGAUCUGAUCACGGCGGCGACAUGCGCCCACUGGUUUGAUAUGCAAGGAUUUUGGCAGCGGGCAGCCAAGGCUCUUAAGCCGGGAGGGACAGUGGCAUUGUGGACAGGUGGAACAAUUCGCGUUGACACCUCGCUGCCCAAUCAUGAAGCUCUCCAAGCGGUAAUUGACGAGCUUGACGUCACGCUCGAGGACUACCUACUGCCGGGAAACAUACUGGGUAGAGAUCUCUACCGCGAACUAGCUCUACCGUGGACUUUACCCUCUCCGGUCUCUACUUUCGACCCAGAGUCAUUUGUGCGAAAGGAAUGGAACACUGGGCCAGAUGCCGAAACCCAGUUUUAUGAAAAACAGCCGCCGAUGAAUCUUGAUGUGCUCGAGAUGGCUCUUGGGACUGGUAGCCCGGUGACGAGAUGGAGGGAGGAUCACCCUGGAGCAGUCGGUACUGAGGAUGAUGUGGUGCGGCAGCUUAGGCGAAAGAUCGAGAAGAUUCUUGCUGAGGCGGGCGAGGAUGAGGGGAAAGAUAUGGUCCCAGGGGAUGUUACAGGGGUUCUUCUUUUAUUUAGAAAGAAAGAUGCAUGA